UGAAUUCCAAGUUACAGUAAAUGAAAAGACUAAAUGGAAAACAGUCUCAGCUGGAAGGCAGAUCAACCUCUGGAGGCGAGGAGGACCCGAAUAAUGAAGGCAGGGACCAGAGCGAUGAAGGCGGGGACCAGAGUGAUGAAGGCGGGGACCAGAGUGUUGAAGGCGGGGACCAGAGCGAUGAAGACAACAGGAUGCCACCGGCAGAAGAGAGCAGUGGCCAGAACCACGAAGAGGCCGUCGAUGCCGCAGAACUUUCUGAAGAGAACAUCGCAGCCCCUGAGGAAGUCCCUGAGGAAGGAGAGACCAAAACUGACGGGGACGCCGGAAAUGUUGAAGAACUGGAAACGGAAAUGGAAGAGGAAUUUGAAUUUGAGGAAUUCCAAUCCGAUUGGGAAGGCACACUGUCUGAAGGGAAAGUCAGUUCCACAGAUACGGCUUUUUUGUACCAAGGCCUCGAGGAGGUGGCCAGAGAGGAAGCAGAGGAUGUCGGGAGGGAAGCUGGUCCCCGAGGCGGCGGCGCCCCAGGUCCGGUGGGAUCCGGAGAAGCCGGGGAUGUCGCCACAGCGCCGGCCCAGGGCGCAGCGGGCUUACCUGCGCAGACGGGCCAGGGAGCUUCCAGACCCCAGACCGGCACAUCGGAAACCUCCCGCACGGGGCUCCAGCCAGGACCCUCCCCCCCGCGGACGCCACUCACUCUCCGGCUGGGCCAGGAGGGCAGCACCGAGCCCUCGGACUCCGACUCCGACGAGCUGCUCCAGGGCACGGAGGGGCCCUCCGCGCAGGAGCCAGGUGUCCCCCCAGAGGAGCCCGAGGGCCCGCCCGAGGGAGGCGCCGUGCCCACCGCCCUGGAGCAGACCCGGCGGCUGAGCACUUCCGAGGAGGCUGCAGGGGGAGCCGAGGCCGAGGGCAGCGACGAGGCGGAGGAGGACAGAGCCCGCCUGGUGGUUCUGGACCCAGGCCACCCCCUGAUGGGAAGGUUCCAGGCGGCCCUGAAGAACCAUCUCAACAAACAGAUAGAGAAGCUGAAACUGGAACUUCAGGAGCUGGGCGUGGCCGCCAAGCACAGCCGGGCGCAGCGGCAGGAGCUGGGGGUGCAGCUGUACGGGCUCCAGCAGCACCUGGCGCGCCUGCAGAUGCAGCUGGAGAAGAGCCACGACCGCCACUCGGAGGCCGCGCGCGCCCGGCGCCAGAGGGAGGACGAGCUGCGGGCCGUGCGCCUGCUCUACGCGCAGACGUGCGAGAGCGCCAACGGCGAGCGCAAGAAGCUGGCGGCUCUGCAGGCCGAGCUGGAGGGCCUGGCUCUGCACCUGUUCUACCUGCAGAACGUGGACCAGGAUGUGCGUGACGACAUCCGUGUGAUGGAGCGGGUGGUGAAGAAGUCGGAGGCGGAGCGGGCGCGGGCCGAGACGGAGAAGAAGAAGCAGGACCUUCACGUGGACCAGCUCACCACCAGAGCCAACCAGCUGGAGGAGCAGAUCGCCCUGCUGGAGGCUCAGAGCUGCGCCCAGACGGAGGACACCCGGGCAAUCAGGAAAGCAGUGAGCGAGGCCUGCACGGAGAUCAGCGCCAUCAGCGUGGAGAAGAGGCGCAUUUUGCAGCAGUGGGCCGCCUGCCUGCUGGGCAUGAGGCACCGGGAUGAGGCGCACAGGACCAUUCAGGAGGCGCUCAGCGAGUGCCAGCACCAGGUCACGGCCAUCGGCGGCGAGAUCGAGGCCUACAAGAAGUCCAUCACGAAGGAGGAGGAGAGGAAUGAGAAGCUGGCCAGCAUCCUGCACCGCACAGAGACGGAGGCCGGCCUGACGCAGAGGCUGACCGCCCAGUGCCUGGCCAAGCAGGAGGCCCUGCAGAACCUGUUCAACAGCUACCAGCUGGUGCUCCAGGACACGGAGGAGGCGCUGGGCAAGGCCCACGCGGAGUACCUGACCACCACGGGCGAACUGCAGACCGUCCACCAGGCCAUCCAGCUGGAGCUGGAGCAGAAGAAGAGUCUGGACGCCUCCGUCGUGGAGAAGCUGCAGGAGCACAUGACCUCCAACAAGAUGACCAAGUACUUCAACAAGAUGAUCCUGAUGCUCCAGAAAAAAAAGACCAACCUGGUGACCCACCACUCCAAAAUUGACGGCAGCAUCGCUCAGACCACCAUGGACAUCACAAACACCAACUGUAGGCUGGACAUGCAUCAGAAGACGCUGGCCGAGCUGGACAAGGAGGUGAAAAAAGUCAGCGACCUCAUCACCAACAGCAAGAAUGAGAUCUCCAGGCGCACGAUCCUGAUCGAGAGAAAGCAGGGCCUCAUCAACUUUCUCAACAAGAAGCUGGAGCAGACGGUCUCCGAGCUGGGGGGAGAGGAGGUGGGGCCCCUGGAGCUCGAGAUCAAGCGGCUGACGAAGCUGAUCGAAGAGCACAGCGGCCGGGUGGCGGAGGCCCAGGUGGCCUGGCUGCGGCUGCAGCAGGAGAUGGUCCAGGUCACCCAGGAGCGGGAGGGGCAGCUGGCGUCCCUGGGCAUGCUGGAGAAGGAGGUCCAUAUCCUGGAGCAGAAGAAACUCCGCAUAGAAAACAAGAUCGAGCAGGAGAGGAAGGAGCAGCGGGAGCUCGAGCUGCACAUGAAGGGCCUGGACCACGACCUGAAGAAGAUCAGCGGGCUGCUGGGCAGGAGGCGGGGCAGCUCCGAGCAGCUGCAGCAGGACCACCUGGUGACCGAGAAGGAGUCCGUGCGCGCCCUGAAGGCCUUGGAGAGGGAGACCAUCGAGAUGCAGGAGAGGCUGGACCAGCUGCAGGAGGAGAAGGCGGCCACACUGAACAACCUGGUGGAGGCGGAACACCAGAUUAUGCUUUGGGAGAAAAAAAUCCAGCUGGCAAAAGAGAUGCGCGCGUCGGUGGAUUCCGAGACCGGCCAGACGGAGAUCCGAGCCAUGAAGGCGGAGAUCCACAGGAUGAAGAUCCGGCACGGGCAGCUGCUGAAGCAGCAGGAGAAGAUGAUCCGAGACAUGGAGCUGGCCGUCGGCCGAAGGGAGACCAUCUGCACCCAGGCCGAGGGGCAGGGCAAGAUGGACAAGAAGUCGCUCACCUGGACAGACUUCCAGCGCAGGCAGGCGGAGCUGCGGCGCAAGAUCAGGGACGUUCACAAGGCCACCGAGGACUGCACCAAAGUCAUCUUGGAACUGGAAGAAACUCAAAAGCACGUGAGCAACUCCCUGCUGGAGAAGCAAGAGCGGCUGUCAGAGAUGCAGUCCGGCACUGACGCGCUGGAGGCCGACCUGGGCCGGCUCCUGGCCCUCAAGCAGCAGAACCUCUCGGAGCUGGUGGCCCUGCAGACGCGCGCCAAGCACCUCCAGGCAGCGAAGGACGGCAGGUACGUGCUCCUGUUCCGCUCCAAGCAGUCGCUGCUGGCGGAGCGUGCGCGCCUGGACAACCGACUGGCCGUCAUCAGCACCAUCCUCGACCGUGUGAAGAGUGAGUACCCCCAGUUCCAGGAGGCCCUGCUCAAGGUCAGCCAGAUGAUCGCCAGCAAGCUGGAGCCACCUGGGUCCUCCUAGAGAGCAGCGGGAGCCCCGCCUUCCACCCGCUCCCGUGGAAGAGACCGGAGUUUUGUGUAUUAUCAGGGACUUGGAACGUUUGUGUCACUGAAAGGCACGUCCGCCCUCAGGGCCCUUUAAGAUGACUAGCAGGCCAGCAUGCGUGAUUCUUUCAGCCACCAGCAAUUUCCACUAAUGCCACCCCCAGUUUCCGGUGGUAUUUCGGGGGCGGGGGUGUCUCCCACCCUGCGCUGGACUCAUGGUCCAAUCAGCGCUUGGGUUCGGGGAGGCUCUCGCCCCUGCCCUUGACAGUGGCCCAAGGGGCUGCGCUGCCUGCUCACCGAGCCCCGCCCCACCGCCUCGCUCGCUUGUGGUCCAGGGCGCGGGGUGCAGCGGGAGAGCAUGGGUGGGGCGGGCGCCUCCCCCAGGACACCCCAGCCCUGAGCCUCCCCAGCUGUUCCCGCGCAGCCCCCACCCCUCGCCCGGCCCCCACUGAGGGCUGCAGUGCCUCGGGGUGCAGCGGGAGCACCCUGUUCCCCACACCCGGGGUCUCGGGCACCUGCCACCUUGCGGGUUCUCUGCGGUAUCCUUAAAGGGCCCACAAAACAAUUUCACUUUCCAACUUUUCAGCAAAAAAUAAAACUUUUUCUGAAUACGGGA